GUAACUGUAACAAAACACAAAUGAUUAGCUUAAGUCUUAGUUAAUUAAAUUUCCGCAUUUGUUGCAAAUUUAAGACCAAAGCUUUCCUUUUUAUCAGUCUUCUCCGACCUCCACCGCCAAACCCGGCACGAUGUGGCUACCAUCAGCCACUCAGAUGACCAGAGGUGGACUUGGGAUCGCCGCUAUGUCAUACGUGGCAAUCGAUUACAUGCGUUACGUGUCACCGGUGUGGCAUUCUCGUCUUAUGCCAGUACUUUGGUCGGUUCUUGCUCUCGCCGUCGUCACUCGUGUUCUGUUCUACAAGCACUGGUCUAAAGAGCUACGAGCAGCUAUACCUUUCCUUGGUUCUAUCGUCUUCAUGCUCUGUGCUCUUCUCUUUGAAGCUCUUUGUGUUCGCUCUGUUACUGCUGUUCUUGGCUUAGAUUGGCAUCGGGAUACAUCUCCACUUCCUGAUACAGGACAAUGGAUCUUACUUGCACUAAACGAGAGCCUUCCAGAGACAAUUGUGGAGAUCUUGAGAGCUCAUAUCAUUGGAUUGCAUCAUUUUCUUAUGUUGUUUGUAAUGUUGGGUUUCUCUGUAGUGUUUGACUCAGUGAAAGCUCCAGGUUUAGGAUUAGGUGCGAGGUACAUGUUUACUAUGGGAAUAGGACGUCUUUUAAGAGCUAUAACGUUUGUAUCAACUAUCUUACCUUCAGCUCGACCUUGGUGCGCUUCAGCUCGGUUUAAUAAUGUACCGUCUCAGCCUCAUCGUUGGGCUCAGAAGUAUUAUGUUCCUUAUGCUAAUGACCCUUCUGCUAUAAGGAAGCUACUUCAUUGGGAUGCAGCUUAUGCUGAUCCAGGGACACUCAUUGCUGACUAUAGAGCUGAUUGGGGUUUAAUGAGCUUCCUUAGUGAGUUCUUGAGACCGAGUUACUCUGAAGGUUCUUCUUGGUUUGCUCUACUAAAGAAAGCUGGAGGUGGUUGUAAUGAUCUCUUGUAUAGUGGUCACAUGCUUGUAGCUGUCUUAACCGCUAUGGCUUGGACGGAGGCUUAUGGAGGCUUCUCUUCCGCAAUGAUAUGGUUGUUCGUGGCACACAGCGCGCAAAGGGAAAUACGAGAGCGACAUCAUUACACGGUAGACUGUAUUGUGGCGAUAUACGUUGGUAUCCUUCUCUGGAAGAUGACUGGUUUCAUAUGGUCAGAUGAAAAGAAAACGAAGCAGACAGAACUAGAGAAGAUUCAGAACAGGUUGAUUCACGCGGCGAAAGAUUCAGACAUGGAAGCUGUAAGGAGACUUGUGGAGGAGAUGGAGGUUAGCUCAAGGGAGGUGAAGCAGAGUAAAGUUGUCUCGAACCGGACAAUGACUGUGUUUGCGUGUGCAACAGUGAUCACAACACUUACUAUAGUGAUUCUGGCGUUGACUUUGACAAGCGACGGCUAAAUUGAGACCUUGAGGGUUUAUGCAUAUAGCUUGAUAGUUGUCUUACCACGUUUCCUCUGUUUUAUUGUUUGCAAGUGUCAUUAAAAAAAUUUGUGCUACUUUCUUGGCAUUUUGGUUUUUGAUGAUUUAGAGACUUUGGUAAUUUAAAUAAGUGUAAUAGGAAAAAGGUGCGACAGUACUUGAAAAAUUAAACUGGUUUAGUU